UGGAAAAUGCUAAAGGAAUGGAAAUGAAAAAGAAAAUGCAACCUGUUUUGACACCUCUAUUCCCGGUCUAUAGCUAAUGGAUUUUUCCAUGGAUUAAGGAUUACCUUACCAUUACCUUACCCAGAAUCCGAAAAGCAAGAAGGCAAAAACACUCACACACAACACAAUUUUUUACUCUUUAAACACCUGGCCGUCGAGCCCUAUUAUUUCCCGAUAAACGAACUUUUGAUUUGCAGUUUGCAGACCCAUUUCCGGAAGGAGUUCUCUCAACAGUCGGUCAAACAGUCGUAUUUAAUACCAUUCCAUUCCGCUUUGCUCGGACAAUUUAAGAAAUGUUCGCCUUCCAUAUCACUCAUCCAUAGAAACGCAACCAGAGAGAAAAACUAUGCCAUGCCAUGAGUAAAGUUUAUAGUAAAUAAAGUAUGAUUGUUUAUUGUCGAAUACUUGCCGUUGUCUUUGGUGGUUUAUAAAAGUUCAACACUCACUUUGCUGCUUGCCGUGUCUGUGUUUUGUGAUUAAGUUUUGGAGCUCUUAAGACGUUUUCUGUACUACUCUCUCGUUGAUGAUUUUGCUGAUGUGUCCUUCUGGGUGCUUUUGUGUGGUCAAUCAAUUACCAGCUGUGCCCAGGCUUUUGUUAAUUUUUGCACUCGUAUUUGAAGUAAACUUUUAGGAUUUUUACAUACACAAUUUGUAACUACUUUUAAACAAUUAUGAAGGCAGACGGAAAAAAUGUAUCGAGAAAGUUUAAGAAGAAAAACGCAAGUUUUCUGCGUUUAAAUGUCUCGUGUUGCCUGUCAACCGCACAUUUCGGCGGCAUUUAACCAAAGGAAGGAAGAUUUUCCACACCGAAACGCUGUCGCUUUGGAUAUCUGAACACCUGUGCUUCCCAUAUCCAUUGCCUCUUGGAAAAAUAUGACAAAAACAAUUGUAUACAACAAAAUAUGGAUUACAAAAUAUUAAUACAUUUUGAGAGACGUUUUUAUUAUGCACAGACUUCCGUUAUUCAUGAUGACAACGAUAUCGAUAAUGUGGUUCGUGGAUCAUGGUAAAGCCCAAAAUGAGGGAAGCCAAUGGGACCUUGAAGGGGAUACCAUUGAACCAACCUCCAAUCAAUCGGCACACAGCUUCAUGCAAAUACAGAAAAUACCCAAAAGAUAUCGUAACUUUUUGAAUUGGAGUAACGAAGUCCAGAAUAACAUAAAGACCUUUCCUGAAACGAGAAAUCCAUUUUAUAAUGAAGAGCAAAGGAUCAAACGACUUUGGGAUCCUGCCUACAAUGAAAGCCUUGAUUAUCGGGAAAAUCAAAAAGCAUUUUUCAAGAGGAGGAAACGGCAAGGAAAACGUAGAAAUAUUACGUAUCCCCUUGAACCUCAUAUGGAGUUCAAUCGUCUUCCGACUUAUGGUAAACGCUAUCACAUUAUCGUCAUGAUGCCCAGUCUAGGCGAUGAAAAAUUUAUAAUGACCUUGACGGCCGAUACGAAUGAUUAUCUGAUCGAUGAGAUAGUGACUGUACCCAACGGUAAGCCAAAUCCCUGGCGUUACACCAAAAAAUUGCCAUCGAUAUUGAGAAUGUAUGGCAUUCGUGUAACCAAACUGCCGUACAGAAGUGGCUACUACUAUCACACGCAUGCCAGUUACUUCAACUCGUAUCAACGCUACGUGUAUAUCAUCAUUAAGGCUUUUAAGAAUCGGGGAAAGAUUUUAGCACACAAAGCACGACGUGGUAUCAAAAUAUUAUUUCCAAAAUCCAUGAGCUGUAAUCCGAUGUUGACUCUGCCCUUCUGCAAGAAUCCCGAUGAACCUAUAGAUGUCUCACCCCGGAGUCAUUUGCAAUUCUUUGCCGAAUUAGGAGACGAAUGCGACAAUUUAGAAUACGAUCAUGUGGAUUGGAACUUUUAUGAUUUGAGGGAGACAUAUCUGGUUGGUCAUGCGGGUAUAUCCAAGGGCCUUGUGCUCAAGAUACCACCAUAUAAGGUAAAAUUUAAAUACAAUCCACGUUUGGUUCGUUUUUUAUUUCUCUUGCGUGUAAAUUCGAUUAUAAAUGGCAUAAAUUGUGUGGCCAGGUGUUACGUACGAAUGGUCGCACCUCAAGUGGAACCUAGAAUCCGGGGUAACAUGAAUCGAAAGGCCAACUUUGCGCGUGAGAUUGUGAUGGAUGCCAGCAGAAGUAGAGACAGAUCGAGGGCACGGACAGAAGAUUAUUCCAGGAUAUUCCUUUGGGGCUGUGUCAGCGUAGAUGAUCCGAAAAACAAGUACUGUCGUCCAAAAAUGAGUACUAAGGAAAAGAUAAGUUUACCACCAUAUUCAUUGAAACUCGGCAGUUUCUAUAACUACAGUUUGUCAAUGGUUUCGCGAAUGGAUUUCCGCGUACAUGUCACGGUAUAUCAAAUGCUUCAAGCUGUCAAGCAUCGUACCAUCACGGCACAUAUACUUUGCCAUCGAAAUUGCUUAAUGAAAACGUAUGCCCCCAUCGAUAGUUUCCACUUGUCGGGUGAAUGUGUUGAUUGUGAUUCAAAGAUUUAUCGCUAUAGAUGGUAUGUGACAGUGCAAGGAGGACAGCCAAAGAUAGAGUCCAAAUUUAAAAAUCUUGUAACGCAACAUACUGAGGCGGAGCUGCUGAUACGACUGGAGAUUAGACUAAAGGAUGGCCUCACGGGUGCGGCGAAUUUAAUAAUGAAACGAAACGAUGGACCACAGAAUGGAGAAUGCACGAUAUUUCCAGUUAAAGGAAUGGAGGCCCAUACAUACUUUUACGUGCCUUGCAAAGGCUUCGAAACGAAAUAUCCACCAUUACAAUUUAGGUAUACAGUCGCACUGAACGUCAUCGAUUCGAAUGUACCCUACCCACUGUACAAAUUGACACUACCGUCCACCAACGAGUUAAAUGUAUCUAUAUGCGAUUACCUUGACAUGUGCAUAGAUGUACAACUUAAGGUCACAGUGCUUAAAACCAAAAAAAUAGGUGAUUACAACGAAAACAAUACGCUAAAGCAUCUUUCGGAUGUGAAGAACUAUAUAAGAGAGGUGCCGUACUUGCUGUCGCGUGGUAGAUGGAACAAGGCCUAUGUCAAGACACUGGUGGCUAUUCAGAAGAUUGAAACAUCUGCCGAGGGCAUAGAGGUCUACGAAUACCUAGACAGGGGAACCAUAACAACGGGUGCACAGCUCGAACAGCUCUCAGUGUUGGCCUGUCAAGUUGUUGAACGUUUGAUGCCCAUGGACUAUAAAGAAGCAGCCAUGGUUGCUCAAAUAUUUACUCGAAUGAGCGUGGUGUUCGAGCAGAUAAUCCAAGACAUCGAAUGGCUACAUCGGGCAGCGUACAACGCGCUCACCGAGCACCACGUCUUUUUCGUGUCCACACUGGCCUUGCCAACAGAAAAGCAUCCACCUGCACAGUGCAAGACCCAAGAUGAAAUUUGCAAAAUGGGUCAGAAUUUGGGUGCAGAGAGAAAAUUUGAGAUGGAUGUGGAUCCGGCCACCCUGAUCCGCAUCAAUUGGUGGCUAUUGGAAACAUGGUAUCUGUAUAAAUGUGUAUACUAUCUGGGUGUUCUCGGCACCAAGCGACACCAUCCCUACGAUAGAGCGUUAUCAAUGUUCCAGGGCGGCAUUUCAUAUCAAAUGAAUGUAACAGAAGUAACAGAACCUAUCGAAAAUAUUACUGUAAAUACCGUUGAUGAUAUGUUCCAUGUUCACAUCUCGGCGGGGCUCCUUGGGGAGCUGCGGGACCUACUGGCUGAUCCCGCAGUGCUCUUUCAGAUCAUUUCGCAGCAGAACUUUCACAACAUGUACUGGUGGUAUCCGGAGCCAUUGCCGUCGGAGACAAAUGUACUCAUUGUUCAUGCGUACAGUCCCAAAAAGAACUACCCUAUGGCGGCGCGUUUACCGCUUAAAAAUCCGUUGAAUUAUCACUUGAACAUAUCCAAAUUCAGUGCGAAUCCAGAAUUUGUCAAGUGGAUGACCAACAGCACCAUUGAGAGCCACUCUCACAUACAUGUUUAUAAGAUACCCUUGAGAUCGAAAAGUGUGUUGGCUGUGCGCAUCGGUCAUGUCACAGAGGAAAUACUUAUUUUCAUGAGUUUGAACCAAAAACCAAAAAUGCACGAAAUCAGGGAAAAAGCUUGUCACAUAACGCCAAACAUGAAGGGAAAACGCAUUUGGAUGACGAACAACUGCCCUGGCACUUCCAUUGCCUAUGUGGGUGUACUCAGUAGAGAGCAUAAGUUCGAAGAUGAUCAAAAUGAUAAUAGACCACGCAAGCCGAGUAAAGUAAAAAACUUAAUUGAAAAUGGUCUCAAUUACUCGAUUCUCCUUGAGUCAUAUCUGUGUACAUUUUGGUUGAAUCGCUCGUUGAACCCCGGUUGGAGUAAAAAAUAUUGCACAACAAAAUUGGAAAACAGGGAUGAUAUUUUUGUCGGAUGCACCUGCACCAUCUUGGGAUCGCUAGCCGCUCGCAUAUUUCCCGUAGCCGCCGAACGACAUAUUACGGUGUUCGUCUUUCCCAUACUGGAGACAAAUUGGUAUAUGUUUGCCUUGUUUGCGAUGUUGCUCCUACUGCUUUUGGUGGUACUUUUAACGUAUAUCGGUCGGAUGGUCGCCCAUCAGCAUCGGCGUGUCCAGCAGUGCAGAAAAAAGCAUGUGCGGUUCAGGGAGGACAUGAAGUUCGAUUCGGAAAAGGCCAUUCUUGUACUGAUCAAAACUGGCGGUCAUGAGUUUGCUGGGACCACUUCCAACAUCAAAUUGUACUUCAAAUCUAACAAGUCCAGUCAGUCCUCGUACAUCGUAUCACAGGAUCCAGCACGACCGCGUCUCCUACGGAAUAGCAUCAAUAAAAUAAAUCUGCCUGCCGGUAGCGUUCAAAUACCCACCCGCCUGGCCUUUGGCAUCGAUCGGAAUGGACGGUAUCCGAGAUGGUAUUGCCGGUCGGUGAGUGUUGUCGAUUUGGAGAAUGAUAUGGAGCAACUUUUUAUAGUCGAGAGAUGGAUCGAGGAGGGGUACACGCCCUUCAUUCAUUCCCCCUACUUCACACACUCGUCAAAUGCAAGGCCCGUGCAGUCCUGGACGCGACGUUUCCGGAAUAGUUUCGAGCAGCGUUUCAACAAUUGGUUUUUGAUCAGCCCCAUGACGGGGCCGUGGCUAAGCCGCAAUACGCUCUAUACGAUGACACGCUUUGAACGCUCUUGCGUUUGGAUUUGUAAUGUCAGUCUAACGAUUCUCUUGGUCAGCCUUUACUUUGGACCCUCUCCGUAUGAGCCGAUCACCGAGGAGUCCUUCAAAGAUGAUAAGACUAGUCUAAAAAUGAAGGAAGUUCUCAUUCUAGGGGUAUACUCUGCGGUUAUUGGAAUUAGUGUGCUUUUGUUCUUUGAAUUUGCGAUCAUGCGUUGUCUCUGGCGUCGUCAUUGAAAUGGAAAAUGCUAAAGAAAAUGGGAAUGAAAAUGCCACCUGUUUUGGGUAUUCCUCUGUUCCCGGUAUACGGUUAAUGGAUUUUUCCAUGGCUAAUUACCAUUACUUUAGCCAGCAGCCGGACAGUGCGGGAACAACCAAAGCAAACACAGAAAAAAAAUGUCCUUUUGGCUUAGGUGUGGUAUGCAAAUGGAAUUUCAUAGUCACACCAUUAACACCUUUUUUUUGCGCACUCCUUUCGGUCCUCCUUCUUGUGGUCCUCUGUUCCAUUUUGUAUGUGUCCUUUUUCUUCAGCGCAUAUUUUAUGUGACGCUAAAAAUAAAAAUGAAUUUAAUUAAAUGCCUUACCAAAUGCGCGCGAAAA